AUGGCUCUGCGACAGACUGCCCGCACGCUCCUCUCGCGCCGCGUGCCUGCGAUGUCUCUUGCGCGUACGCAGGCAAUGCCUGUGCGUACGCUCAUGAGCACGGCGCAGACUCGCUCGGAUGCACUUUUUGUGCACCGCGACACACCAGACAACAACGCCUCGAUUCCCUUCAGUUUCAACGAGGAGUUUAUGACGAUGGCCAAGGAGAUCAUUGCUAGGUACCCACCUCAAUACAAGAAGGCGGCUGUGAUCCCCCUGCUUCACCUGGCUCAGAAGCAGAAUGACAACUGGCUGCCCCUCAAUGCGAUGAACUAUAUCGCAGACUUGUUGGAGAUGCCCGCGAUGCGUGUGUACGAAGUGGCUACGUUCUACACCAUGUACAACCGCGACCCUGUCGGCAAGUUCUUUGUGCAAGUGUGCACUACGACGCCCUGCAUGCUCGGCGGUUGCGGCUCGCAGGCCGUGCUUGAGGCCGUGGAAAAGCACCUGGGCGUGAAGGCCGGCCACACUACCAAGGAUAAGAAGUUCACUGUGAUCGAGGUCGAGUGCCUGGGUGCGUGUGCGAACGCGCCCAUGGUCCAGAUCAACGACGACUAUUACGAGGACCUCACGCCUGAGUCGAUUGUCAAGGUCCUGGAGGGCCUGGCGCGUGGCGAGAAGGUGAAGCCCGGCCCGCAGAACGGUCGCCUGACCUCGGCGCCGGACAAAGAGAAGCGCACACUCACAGAGGAGCCGUACGGCCCUGGCAAGUUCUGUGUGCCUGACUUUGCGUAG